CAGAGUGCGGUUAAGGUUCGAACAGAUAUUUUACCGAGAGAUUGGUCUGUUUUCUUGAAUCAGUAACCGAUAGAAUUGAUAGCUUCCAAUUGAUUAUUCGAAGGAAUCGAUCAGAGAUAAUGAAUAGCUGUCAGGAUUGAUGACAAGAUAUACCAUGAGAGAAAAGUGAAAAUGACAUUAGAUUAGUGGUUCACCGAUAAGAAUAUAGAGGAAUAUAAAUUGAAUCGUUUCAAUCACCUUGUACAAUAUCCAAAAUGCUGGUCGGUAUUACGUUGCUGUCCCUGGCCACCGUUGUGGCUGCUACCACAGGGCCCCAUUACUGGGAUGAUCACAAUGGCAUGGUGCACCUUUUUGAAUGGAAAUGGAGUGACAUUGCUGAUGAAUGUGAAAGGUUUCUUGGGCCGAAGGGUUACGGAGGUGUCCAGGUCUCACCCCCGAAUGAAAAUAUCAUAAUUGAUACCAGACCUUGGUGGGAGCGCUACCAGCCAGUUUCUUACAAAUUGGUAACCAGAUCUGGCGACGAGGAUGCAUUCAGGGACAUGGUGACACGAUGCAACAACGUGGGCGUCAGGAUCUACGUCGACGCCAUCAUUAACCACAUGUCAUCAACGGCAGACGAUGGGACAUAUGGCACUGCUGGCUCUCAGGCUUUUUAUUCGGAGAGGUCAUGGCCUGGGGUUCCCUACACUUCGGUCGACUUCAAUUCGGCCUGUGAAAUCACGAGCUAUCAAGAUGCCGCUAACGUCCGGAACUGUGAAUUGGUUGGUCUUGCGGAUCUCAAUCAAGCAACGGAAUGGGUCCGCGAAAAGAUCGUGGAGUACAUGAAUAACCUGAUAGAAAUUGGUGUAGCUGGCUUCCGUAUUGACGCAGCUAAGCAUAUGUGGCCAGAGGAUUUGGAAGUCAUUUACAACAGUCUGGAUGAUCUGAAUACAGAUCAAGGCUUCGACGCAGAUAGUCGACCAUUUAUCUUCCAGGAGGUUAUCGAUUACGGCGGUGAAGCAAUUUCGGCAUCGGAGUAUGUGGACCUUGGCAAAGUUACCGAAUUUAAGUACGGUUCAGAGUUGAGUAAUUGCUUCGAAGGAAACAACGAUCUCAGAUGGUUGACCAAUUGGGGUGAAGACUGGGGUCUCAUAUCCUCCGAUGAUGCUUUCGUGUUCAUCGACAAUCACGAUACCCAGCGUUCUGACGAUGUGCUCACAUACAAGAGCUCAAAGGCGUAUAAGAUGGCGGUCGCUUUUAUGUUGGCCCACACUUACGGCACCCCCCGAGUUAUGAGCUCCUUUUCAUUUGACGACAGUGACGACGGUCCACCCGCCGACUCCGACGGCAACAUCGUUUCACCCAUCAUCAAUUCCGAUGACACAUGCGGAAACGGAUGGGUCUGCGAGCAUCGUUGGCGCCAGAUCUACAACAUGGUUGCAUUCCGAAAUGCCGUAAAUGGAACCAGUGUCAAUGACUGGUGGGACAACAGCAGCAACCAAAUUUCCUUCUGCCGUGGUGGCGCCGGAUUCAUUGCAUUUAAUUUGGACUCCUGGGACCUCCAACAGACCCUCCAGACUUGCCUUUCCGCUGGUACCUACUGUGACGUCAUAUCCGGCAGCUUGGUGGACGGUAGCUGUACAGGAAAGUCAGUAACUGUAGGCAGCGACGGUACCGCUUACAUCGAGAUAUUGACUACCGAGGAGGAUGGUGUACUUGCUAUUCAUCAGAACGCAAAGCUGUAAAGACGUUGAUAACUCAGAUCACUGCACAGUGUGUCGGUGAGAGAUUCAUAUCGUCGGUGUAUCAUGAAAAAUCAUGACGUUUGAACGCAUCAUGUACUUCCAAUCUUACGAAAAACUUGUUUACUGUUUAUCCUGAACCACUUCCUCUGACGACAAGCAGCUUAUGUCUGUUGUUUAUGUCUAUAUCGUAAUAAGUCACCCCUCACAGCCGUCUUGCGCUGUCGUCAUUUUCGAUAAAUAUUAAUUGUUCAAAUUUUUAUAGGAAAAUUAAUUUGUAUAAUCUGUUGUAAAUAGAAUACCCAUUUUAUACGUA